AUGCACUCCGGCAGACACGAGAACUACGGCCCCUCAGGCGGCUACGGCGGCGGCGGCAGCGACUAUGACCGCCGCGGAGGAGGCUACGGAGGAGGCCACGAGAGCUACGGCAGUGGCGGCGGUGGUGGCUACGGCAGCGGCCGACGCGACGACUACGGACCCAGCGGUGGCGGCGGCGGCGGCUACGGCGGUCCUCCCCGCGAUAGCUACGGCAGCGGCGGACCCGGUGGCUACUCCGGAGGCGGCGGCGGACGCCGAGACGACUACGGCGGCCGCGAUAACUACGGAGGCGGUGGUGGACGCCGGGAUGACUACGACUCUUACGGAGGAGGUCGUCCAUCCCAUGGUCGCCGCGAUAGCUACGACCGCGACGACAAGAAGAGCUCCGGGGGCGGUCUGCUCGGCGGGAUGCUGGGCGGCGGCGGCGGAAAGGACAAGAAGGACGACAAGAAGAGCGAGGGCUUUACCGACAAGCUCAUCGACGGCGCUGCGUCGUACGCCAAGAAGAAGUGGUAG